AAAGUCCAAUCCUCCUCAAAUGUUCCUGGUGAACAAUUAAUUAAUCUUUCUCCUCUGCUCGAACUUCUGAUACCCAAGUCGUCAUCAUACCAACACCACUGCUAGCAGUAUUCAACAACAAGGAUAGUAGUGAUCUCCACCGUCGUCGUCAACAGUAUAACAUAAACCAUGGGCACAGAACCGCAACAACCUGACCAAUACCAAAAUGGGCCUACACCACCCCAACCCAGUUAUCAACAAAAUGGUGCUCACAAGGGAUAUCAGCAGCAGGGGGGAACCCAGUCAUAGUGCAACCGACACCAUUACAUCUGCUCGGAGAGGCGCCGGCCAUCAUCGACUGUCCAUACUGCAGCCAACGGGGGCCGACGAGGAUCGACGAGCGCGACUCGAGCAUGACCGUGCUCGUCGGUAUCGGCAUUGGAAUCUUCUGCAUCUGCGCCGCCUGCCUGCCAUGUAUCCUGCAUUGGUUCCAGGACGUGGACCACUUCUGCUCGCACUGCAACCAGCGGGUAGCCCAUAUCCCUCAAGGUGGCAUCGCACAGGUCAUCCAGCCUCAGCAUGUGCCCCAGGGGUACAACAUGGGCCAACAGCCGCAGUAUGGUGCUCAACCGCAGCAACAACACCACCAGCAACAACAACAACAGCAGCAGCAGCAGCAGCAACAACAGCAACAGCAACAACAGCAACAGCAACAACAGCAACAGCAACAACAGCAACAGCAACAACAGCAACAGCAACAACAGCAACAGCAACAACAGCAACAGCAACAACAGCAACAGCAACAGCAACAGCAGCAAAACUAUUACGAGCCACAGCAACAUACACCUCAACAAGAAGGAGUUCAUGCACCACCUCCAGAGUACAAGUAGCGAACCAGCUGCAGAUUUGCCAAAGAGGAAUAUUUUACGCAAGGAUUGCGGGACCCGAGGAACGACCACAACGACGACUGUCUUGGCAUCACUGAUUCUGGGUUGUAUUCGUGUAGUUCUCUGGGUUAAAUCUUUAUAUUGUUUUCAAGUUUGAUCGGUGGG